AUACUGACGGAAGAUAAACAGAAAACUGUCAACAUGGCAGAGACUCACAGCCUGCAGGAUAUGAGGCAGCAGGCAGCCAUUGCUGCCAAAGUUUUCAUCCAGAGGGAUUACACCAAUGGCACUGUCUGCCAAUUCCAGACCAAGUUCCCGUCUGAGCUGGAGACACGGAUUGACAAGCAGCAGUUUGAGGAAACUGUUCGGGCGCUGAAUAACCUGUAUGCCGAGGCAGAGAAGCUGGGUGGCCAGUCUUACCUGGAAGGCUGCCUGGCCUGCCUCACAGCGUACACCAUCUUCCUGUGUAUGGAAACUCACUACGAGAAGGUUUUGAAGAAGAUCGCAAAGUACAUUCAGGAGCAGAAUGACAAGGUCUAUGCCCCGCGAGGACUCCUGCUCACCGAUCCCAUCGAGCGAGGCCUGCGGGUUAUUGAGGUUACCAUCUUUGAAGAGAGGAGCCUGGGGAGAUAAAAGGAAGGACGUAGAUGCCGGGACCGAGCAGAGUUGCAGGAUUUGCUGUUGUUCUGCCUCAGUGCCCAUCGUCAGUAUGAGGACCACCCCAGUGACUACCAGGAUCCACACAUGUACUACUGCGUCUCAACAAUCGCCCCUACUCGCUUAUCCUCUAACUAACUAAUGUAUAUACAUUAUUUUAACCUGUGCUCUGGAUGUCUCAAGUCUUUUCCUUUCAGCCUGUACAGAGAUUGUUUUGCAUUUUCAAAAACCAAAAUGGCCCAACUUUGUGCUUGCUCUGUAUAUUGCAUGUGUGUCGAAUAAUGCUCUCAGGCCAUUGUUGCUUUUGUGAUGACAUGCAUACUGUUUGGUAGCUACUGUUGAUUUUGCCACACUCAUGUAUGAUACACAUACUUAUAUCACACUGGUAAGGCAGUCUUUGACUAAAGUAUGAAAAAGUGCUCUUGUUUGUUGACAGUGCCUGUAUUGACUUUAAUAUCACUAGUGUUAAGUCAAAGAGUGAGUUCAUGUUAGUUUUAACUUGGCUUCCUGUGACCAAAAAAAAACAAAAACUUAAAAUGACAUCUCCUAUGUGACACAUAUUUCAGGGUGACAUGAUCGACUAUAUUGUUAAGAACCUAACCAAGAGAAAUCCAUCUUGUGAAAACCUUACAGGUUCACUAUAGUUACAAUGACUGAUUAAACAUUGCAUUAACCAUUAACAUAUAUUUGAAUGUUGUCCAUUGACAAUUUCCUUUUGAACAUGUUUGAUGAAUGAUGUAACACUACAAUUAUGUACAAGCCUAUAUACCAUUAAACCUCAUGAGUUUAAAAAUCACAAGAAAGGUAUUUGAAUGCCACGGUAUUAACAUUCAUGUUAGCAAUCCUUGAUUUUAAUAAUGUACAUAUAAUUUUGAUUUUUUUUAGCGCUUUUUAAAAUUUCAUUUGGUCCUACUACCAUUGUCUGAUAAAGUAUUGGAACCUUUUCUAUGUUCUUUUUCAGUUCAACCGCAAACCGUUUUUCUCUAUGUAAUAAAGAGAAUGUGUACAUCUUUU